AUGCACAGCCUAUCUCGAUUCAAAGGAAGACACAUCCAGCUGGCAUUGCUUGUGGUCAUGUUGCUGUGCACCGUGCUCGUGUAUGUGCCAUCGCUGGAUCAUAGCUCCUUCGAGCCAAGUGAUGUGACUGGUGAGCCCGUGGCCUCGAUCGAGCAGCAGCAGAAAUCACACGCAGAGGCGGCCGACCGCGUGCUGCAACAGAGCAACCCGGUUGCCUCUUCUUACUCACCUGGUCAGAACAACCCGCACGAGCGGGCACCUCAGCUACACUCACGGCCACGCCACGGCAUCAGCGCACGCAUCAUCAACACCAACACGCGCGAAGAGAGGGCCAAGCAGCAGCUCAAGCGCAAGCCGAGAGAUGAGUUCUUCCACGGCCUGGCGGCCACGUUCAAGACGCAGCCAUUCUAUCACAGCGCCACAAAGGUCAAGAAGCUGGAAUACUUUGUGACGAUCGUCACCCAGUCGUCGGUCGAUCGAUUGGACAAGAUCGCGCUAAUGGCCGACCGUUGGCGCGCGCCAAUCUCAGUGGCGUUGUUGAUUCGCGACGCCAAUGUCGACCUGCCCAAGCUCGACAAGAUACUGGCCAACAACACAUUGCUGCGCGAGUUUGCCGACAUUCACUUGUUUCACGCCAACAAGACUCGCUACCCAGUGAACAAUCUGCGCAAUCUGGCCAUCACCAGCUCGCGCACAGACUUUGUGCUACUGAUGGAUGCCGACUUUAUCAUCCCGGCUGGCACACACGACUAUCUGAUACCGUACAUACAUGCGGCACAGAGCAAUGAGGACAAGGUUGCCUUUGUCUUCCCAGCAUUCUCAUCAUCAUACGAACCCAGUCUACUGCCAAACGACAAGGCAUCAUUACUGGAACUUAUUCAAAAGGGUUUGGUCUCGCCAUCAAACUUGGAAAAUUGCCCAAAGUGCCACUCACCAACCAAUUACGAACGUUGGUAUAAGGAGAGUAAGGCCUAUCAAUUGGAUUACAGAUGGAUAUACGAGCCAUACUUGCUGUUCAACCGCUCGCAGACCGAGCUGUUUGACGAGCGCUUCAAGGGCUACGGCUUUGACAAGAACUCGCAGGUGUUCGCAAUGGCUGUCAUGGGCUUCAAGUUCCUCGUGCAACCUGAUUCAUAUAUCAUUCACAUCAAUCACGAGCAGUCCAAAUGGGAUGGCGAGGAGGACAUUGUCGAGCAGCAGUGGGAUGCACUGCGGGUGCUCUGCGACUUGAUACCCAGUGUCAAGCAACGAUAUGGCUACGAGAUCACCACAAGAGUGUUCGAUGAGCCACUACCAUUCGAAUGCUAUUCCGAUCAGCAUUGGUAG